CGAGAAGGUCCUCAACGAUUGCCUCAACGAGAUCACUCGAGCUCUUCUCCAAGCCGAUGUUUAAUUCAAGCUUGUCCGUGAAAUGCAAACCAACAUUAAGAAGAUUGUCAAUCUCGAUGAGCUCGCUGCUGGUCACAACAAACGCAGGAUCAUCCAGCAGGCUGUGUUCAAUGAACUCUGCAAAAUCCUGGAUCCUGGAAAGCCCUCUUUCACUCUCAAAAAAGGAAAAACAAGUGUUGUCAUGUUUGUUGGUUUACAAGGAUCUGGAAAAACCACAACUUGUACUAAAUAUGCAUAUUAUCAUCAAAAGAAAGGCUGGAAGCCAGGUCUAGUAUGUGCAGAUACAUUCAGAGCUGGUGCAUUUGAUCAGUUGAAGCAAAAUGCCACUAAAGCUAAGAUUCCUUUCUAUGGAAGCUAUAUGGAGUCAGAUCCUGUGAAAAUUGCUGUGGAAGGUGUUGAAAGAUUCAAGGAAGAAAAUUGUGAUCUUAUUAUUGUUGACACCAGUGGGCGACACAAACAAGAAGCUGCUCUUUUUGAAGAAAUGCGCCAAGUUGCAGAAGCAACGAAACCAGAUCUUGUUAUAUUUGUUAUGGAUAGCAGUAUCGGUCAGGCUGCUUUUGAUCAGGCUCAAGCAUUUAAACAGAGUGUUGCAGUUGGAGCUGUCAUUGUCACUAAAAUGGAUGGCCAUGCAAAGGGUGGUGGUGCUCUUAGUGCUGUUGCAGCAACAAAGAGUCCUGUCAUAUUCAUUGGGACUGGAGAACACAUGGAUGAAUUUGAAGUUUUUGAUGUUAAACCUUUUGUUAGUCGUCUAUUAGGCAUGGGAGACUGGUCUGGGUUCAUGGACAAAAUUCAAGAAGUUGUUCCCAUGGAUCAACAGCCUGAACUGCUUCAAAAGCUGUCCGAAGGAAACUUCACCUUGAGGAUUAUGUAUGAGCAGUUUCAGAACAUACUUAAAAUGGGUCCUAUCGGCCAGGUAUUUUCUAUGCUACCGGGAUUUAGUGCUGAAUUAAUGCCGAAAGGCCGUGAGAAGGAAAGCCAGGCAAAAAUUAAACGUUACAUGACAAUGAUGGACUCAAUGACAAACGAAGAGUUGGAUAGUUCAAACCCAAAGCUCAUGAAUGAGUCCCGUAUGAUGCGAAUAGCUCGAGGUUCUGGUCGUCAAAUUAGGGAAGUAAUGGAGAUGUUGGAAGAGUAUAAACGUCUUGCAAAGAUAUGGAGCAAAAUGAAAGGGCUUAAAAUACCAAAGAAGGGCGACAUGAGUGCCUUAUCCCGAAAUAUGAAUGCCCAGCACAUGAGCAAAGUCCUCCCACCGCAGAUGCUAAAGCAAAUUGGAGGCAUGGGUGGGUUACAAAGCUUGAUGAAGCAGAUGGGAUCUGCUAAAGACAUGAUGGGAAUGUUUGGAGGUGGUGAUAAGUAGAUUAAUUAUGGCUUAUGAACUAAGGAAUGUCUCUGAUGACCACUACAUACUCUUAUGCUUCAUUAGAGCUACAUUCAUCGUUGCACUAUUUGUGCAGUUCACAUUGGAUUUGGAUGUGCUGUCAACCAUUCUGCAGAAAUCUCAAUGUGUGGAAUAGCUCAUUUCAAUUUUACCUUGGCAGUCUUUUUUCUAUAAAACUGAAAUCCCUUGUGUAUAUUUACUAGUCUUUAAUAGCAGUGAAAGCAAUUUUAUUGUGAAUCUGAAAUUUUCUAGAUCAUGGUAACAUUAAAACAAAUUCUAUAUUGCUUUUCUCAAUAUGUCAUAAAAGGAGGAGGUACAUUCUGACAGUAGGUUUGUGUUUGCAAUUCAUGGGUAAUGAAAUGUGGUAAUAGCAUUAUCCACA